UCUCGAUCAGCAGGCGGCGACUCGCGUGCGUUUUGUUUUGAUUUUGUUUACAAUGCUGCUGCGGCGAAAUCUUAUUUUUCCCGCCGUGCGGUUGGUGCACAGGAGUCUCCAUCGACACCAGAAUGGCCACAUAGUGCUCCACCCGGAAGUGCGGCAGGCUCUGCAGCUCCAUAAGCCGGUGGUAGCGCUGGAGUCCACGAUUAUUACGCAUGGAAUGCCGAUGCCGGAGAAUGUGACGACGGCCCUGGCGGUGGAGGAGCAGGUGCGCUGUCAUGGAGCCAUUCCCGCCACCAUUGGUAUUCUGGACGGACGCAUCAAGGUGGGUCUAACCCGCGAAGAACUCACCACAUUGGCCGAGAAGCCGCGGGAUCAGGUCAUCAAGUGCUCGCGGAGGGAUCUCCCCUUCGUAGUGGCCAGGAAACAGAGUGGCGGCACCACUGUGGCAGCCACCAUGAUCAUUGCCCACCAGGUGGGCAUCAAAGUGUUCGCCACGGGAGGAAUCGGUGGUGUCCAUCGCGAUGGUCAGGAGUCAUUGGAUGUUUCCGCCGAUCUCACCGAACUGGGACGCACUCCAGUGGCUGUGGUUUGCAGUGGUGUCAAGUCGAUCUUGGAUAUACCACGCACUCUUGAAUAUCUGGAGACGCAGGGCGUAUGCGUGGCCAGCUACAUGAGUUCUGGCGGGAUAUUUCCGGAUUUUUACACCCGCGACAGUGGCUGCACGGUGCCCUAUGAUCUCGGUAGUGCCCAGGAGGCGGCGAAGUUACUUCAAUCCUGGCAGGAGCUCCAAAUGCAAUCGGGCGUGCUCAUCGGUGUGCCCAUUCCCGAGGAGUUUGCUGCAGAUAAAGCCAAGAUCGAGGCGGCCAUUCAAGAGGCAACGGCGCAGGCCAAAGCCCAGGGUGUGUCCGGGAAGGAAGUGACUCCCUUCCUGCUCGCCGCCAUAGCAAAGAUUACAAGGGGAAGCAGCCUCAAGUCCAACAUCGCUCUUAUCAAGAACAACGCAAAGGUGGCGGCGCAAAUAGCCGCUUCGCUCAGUGAAAUCUCAUCGAGAAGUGGUGCAGCCUCCGCUUCUGGCAUUGGAAAGAAACCGCUGGUUGUAGGGGCAUCCAUUCUGGAUCUCUCCUUCACCGUGGAUGACCAAAAGCGAGAUGUGAAGCUAGACGGAGCCACCUACUCGGCGGUGGCUAAGCAGGCCGCCGGGGGCGUGGGUCGGAACAUUGCCGAAGGAAUAUACAAGCUCUACGGCGAUGUGAACCUCAUUUCGGCCGUUGGCAACGACCAAAUGGGUCAUACCUUGCUGCAGAUGAUGCCAAAGGCCCUGAAACGGGGCAUAAUCCUCGAGAGCAAUCAAAAUACCUCCCUCUGCUCGCUGAUCUUUGAUAAAUACGGUGAUUGCAAACUUAUCCUCGGGAAUAUGGAGAUUCAUCAGAGCAUUACACCCGAGACUCUGCAGGCCCACCAUCAGUUCUUCGCUGAGGCUCCCAUCAUCGUAAUGGACAGCAACAUUUCGGAGGAUGCGAUGGCAAGCAUCCUGCAGCAGGCGCAGAAAAACAAGAUACCCGUCUUCUUCGAGCCUACGGAUAUGUUUAUAGCGGGCAAGCCUUUCCAGCUGGUCCCAGAGCUAACCAAGAACAUACGCCUGAUCAAACCCAACCUUCAGGAACUCAAGACCAUCACAGAAGCUAUUACAGGUCAACCUGUAGACUUGGAACUUAGCACCAAGCUCCCGCAGGAGAAACUGCUUCAGCAGGCCAAAUUUAUGAUCAAACAGAUCGAUUCCCAUUUCAACUGCAUCAUUGCCACUCUUGGCGACCACGGUGUGCUCCUUAGUUAUCGCCAGGAUGCCGAGGAGGAUGCCACAAUGCUCUUAGACGUCAGUAAAUCUGCCGUACCACACCGUAUCCGCUUCUAUGCUGCCCCUCUGGUCAACAAUAUUGUCAAUGUCUCUGGUGCUGGCGACAGUUUUUGUGCGGGAUUCAUUACGGCUCUACUGCAGCAAGGACGUAUCCUAAGCGAGUGCGUGGCCGCUGGCUUUGUGGCCGCUGAGAAAGCCCUUCAAUCGGAGUCCGCAGUGCCGCAGUCCUACUUCUCCCAUUCGGAGACCUUUGAGGGUCGUUACAAGCAAAAGGUGAAAAGCCUCCAGCAGCAGAGCAUUUAGAAGGUAUAGAAGAUGGGAUCAGUUACUCAGGAUCACUUGAGAUCACUUAGGAUCUUUGCUUUAUUUCCUCAAGUAGUUACUUACAAAAGAGCCUGUACAAUAUGUAGACGUCUAGUAGGCCCAUCUGGAAGAUGCAUUAAAGGCGGAUUGUUAAGAAAUAAAAAUAAAUACUUUUGUAAUAAACCUACAUUUUGUUCGUUUAAGAAUAAUAUAUAGAAAAUUAUAAAUACCAUAUAAUGGUACAACUAGUUUAUGCCAAUAAAGCCCGCCAACAAAUUUA